AUGAUGGCUGCUUGUGAGUUGGAAUACCAAGCGACGCAAAAUGGGCCUAUUGUCGUUGGCGGUCACAAGAAUGUUAUAGGGCGCGGCCCGAAGGCCUCGAACGGCUCAGCAACCAUCACGAAGAAGUCUACCGGGUGGGAGGUGCUCAUGUACCUUGGAAUGUCACUGCGGAUAGACGAGGCGAUGUGCGCAAUGGCGGCGAUGGCGCCAUCCGUUGUGGCGUUUUCGCCCUUUGAGGGGGAACAUUCCGGUGUGUGGAUAUCCGUGGAACGAAAAGAAAACAGGCCUUUAUUGGAGGCGAUCUACAACGAACUGCGGAAGGCAAGUGCCCAAACGCAUGGCUACAAUAAAGUCAUGGACGCCGCCCGCUGGAAUGUAUGUUUGAUUGAUGUGACUGACGGGAUGUGCCGGCCCUGCGUGGCAGACGUUAAAGUUGGGUAUGUCCGCCACUCCCCACACACGCCUCUAGAGAAGGUGGAGCGUAUCAAUAAGAAGCGGCUGGUCCAGCCGCUAGCCCUCCGUCUGUGUGGUGCCCUUCACCAAUUCUACCGCACCAUUUCGAAUACGCAACAUUUUGAAAACGAAAUGUGUGAAAAGGAUGUGGGGUACCUCUUGCAUACAGAGGAAGACUAUCGAGAUUGUCUGCGGGCCUUUUUCUCAUCCAGAGUCAGUAUGAGGCCCGACGGGACGGGGAUGAGGCGCGAUGACAGUGAGGUUUUCUUUGCGCGUUUAAAAGCGUGUUGUGGUCAGAUAGAGGAACUGCUUCUUUUUUUCACC